UUCCACCUUGCUGUGUCAUAAGCUGUGACUGCUAGAAGAUCUUCAUCAGUCUACUUUCACAAAUUGUUACCUCCAUUGCCAGAUGGUUAUCAUCACCCUCCUCUGGUGGUAAUGUGUCAUCUUCAUCAGUGUUAAUCAAUUGUUCUAUCAGCUAUGUUUACCUGCUACAAGACAGGCUGCACUUCCAGUAGCUGCUUAUUUCCUGCUGUCUUACACACACUCACCAGCUUUAGUUAAGAAAAUUUCAAGAAAAGUACCAUGCUUAAUUUCUCAACUGAAAAAAGAAAACACUUCAGCUGGUGAACAGUUUUUAGAAAGAUUUUGUGCUUUGAUGCACACUGUCAUGUAUCUUCACCCAGGUUUCCCCGACCUUUAUGAUCCUAUCUUAGAAGUAAUGAAGGUGAGAAAGGACUCUGAAGCUCCUAGCUUGGAAAAGAUGCAUAACUUAUUGACUGAAAACCAGUGGGGUAUCUUAGAUCAGAAAUAUGUUAUUGGUGGAGAAGUUGGCACUGUUAAUAGCUAUAUUAAUUGUCUGAGGUCUGAAACAGGCAUGACUGGUUUGAUGAACUUAGGAAAUACAUGCUAUAUGAACAGUGUCCUUCAAGCUCUGUACAUGACAGAAAGAUUUUGUGUUGAGGUUCUUCAGGCCAUCUCCUCCCCUCAGGAAACUGUACUUCAGAAGCUGCAGGAAGUCUUUGCAUACUUAAAACUUACUCAGAGACCGGCUGUCUCUCCAUCUGAUUUUCUUUAUGUCUCUAAACCUGCUUGGUUUGAACCAGGGGAUCAGCAGGAUUGUUCUGAGUUCCUGCGAUUUCUCUUGGACCAAAUAGAAGAACAGCAAAAGAGUGUUCCCAGUAUUAUCUCAGAUUCUGUUAGCAAAACAGACAUUUGUAAAUACAGGCAGUCCCUUGUUAACAAAGUUUUUGGUGGCCUUAUAACAACAUGUUAUACAUGUAUGAUGUGUACAAAGUCUUCUAUUCAUGAAGAUGUUUUUACAGAUCUGCAUAUAGCUUUUCCUGAAGAACAUUGUAAAGCUGUACAGGAUCAGCCAGUGUAUCAAACACGUUCUACUGCAAAGUGUCCAGAUGUCUUAUCGGAUGAACCAGAAGGAAAGCAGUCUUUGUCCCUUGAGAAUCUAGUAUGGAAUUACUUUCAAACUGAGAAGCUCCAAGGGGAUAAUCAGUACCACUGUGAUAACUGUGGGAAACUUUCAGAUGCUGAGAGAACAGUAUUAGUAACAGAUCCCCCAGAACACUUAGUUCUUUCUCUUCUAAGGUUUGCUUACAGUACCUCAACCCAAUCUAGAAGGAAGUUUUUUACAAAUGUCACUUGUCCACAAGUGUUGAAGUUGCCCAUAGAUAAGAAUACUGAAGUUUUGUACAGUCUGUAUGCUGUAGUGGUCCACUCCGGAGUGUCUGCAGAGUCAGGUCACUAUUACACAUAUGCUCAAUCAUCCGAAAUUGAGUCAGAGACAGACAGGUGGUAUCUGUUCAAUGACAGCCAUGUCUCUUUCUCAUCCUAUAAAUCUCUUAGUAAUCUCAGCAAGAGAUUUCCUAGAGACACAGCCUAUGUGUUAUUUUAUAGAAAACAACCUCUAACUGAAAGGAUACAACCACAUUUGAAGGAAGAACUACGGGAAAUGGUAGCUAAAGAUAAUGCUAAUUUCCUGCUGGAAGUGGAGUUAAAGUCAAAAAAACAGCAAGAGAAGAUACUAAAAAAUUGGACUUCUAACUGGAAAGAUGAUGAUUCUCCACCUCCUGCUGGGGGUUGUGGUGGGGGGUUAGGAUUAGGUGGCAUGGGUGAUAUAGUGAAUCGUUUUGUGUUUUGAAAUGAAAGCUGAAUAAUGUAUAAAAUAAUUAAAAAAGUUACAAAAAUUCUUA